UUACCGAGAGCGAUUAACGCUAAAUAACCUGAGAGAUACUGAUAUUGAGAGCAGGUAUCGUCUCGAUAGAGAAAGUAUCGUGUAUUUAAUGCGUUUGAUAGGAGGUGACAUAAGAAAGUCAGGAAGAGGCAGGAGUAUCGACCCCGAAACACAGGUGCUAGUAACUCUACGAUACAUGGCAAAGGGAGAUUUUUAUUCCGAGACAGGCGACGUUCAUGGGGUCUCGCGAUCUAGUGUGUAGAAUUAUUCAUAAUGUUGUGACAAGCAUAAACAAACGGCUACACAAUAUAAGAUUUCCAAGAACCAAUGAAGAUAUUCUUCAUACAAAGGUCAUGUUUCAGCGCAGCUGUGGACUGCCCAACUGCCUUGGGGCCGUUGAUGGCACUUUAGUGCCAAUCAUCGCCCCUAAACAAAAUGAAGAGGCCUUUGUUUCAAGGAAGGGAUGCCAUGCAUUAAAUGUACAAGCCGUAGCAGAUGCUGACAUGCGUUUCACGGAUGUAGUUUGUCGAUGGCCAGGCGCUUCACAUGAUGCAAUGGUGUUUGAUAAUUGCGCAUUGAAGGAGCAUCUUGAGGCAACAAACAUCGGCCACCUAUUAGGAGACAGUGGAUACCCAUUGAAACCCUUUUUGAUGACACCGUACCUACAUCCAGGAUCUCCUGCAGAGGAACGCUUCAACAAGGCCCAUAAAAGGGGCCGAGUAGUAGUUGAGCGCUCGUUUGGCGUGCUGAAGGCAAGAUUUCGAUGUCUCAGCAAGAGCGGUGGGUGUCUGCCAUUCGCCCCAGAGAAGUCGGCAAAUAUAAUAUUGUGUUGUUUCAAGCUGCACAAUCUGUGCUUGGAAAGAGGGCUGCCUCUUCCGGACAUUUCAUCAGACAAUGAUGACAGCCAAACGCCUGGUGAAUUCAUACAUGAAUGUGGAAGAGGAGGAAUACAAAGGCGAAAUGAACUCACCCAACUUUUCUCGAGAUAACAUUUUUUUUUAAAAUGUCAACAUUUUUUUAAAAAUGUUUUUGGUAACUGCUUAUUACAUAUUAUGCUACUCCUUGUUUGGCAAAGCAAAACCAUUCAUAUAUCUCAAAGUUUGCUUAUUGUCCAGUGUCACAACCUUAACUUACAUAGAUACUUGAAAGCUUUAUACCUUUUGUUCACUUUUUCACAACAACAAAGUAGUUUAGUGGACUGUAUUUACAUACGUUCAUCAGUCAAUUAUGAUUUCAAAUAUUAAUAUUUACAAUAAUGAACACUUCUGAAGGAACAACUGUUAAUGACUUUUCUAUAAAAUGUUAACAAUAAUUGCAAUAAAAAACAAAAUAACACACAUAAAUAACAUCUAGGUACAUAAAGAUAAACUUUUUAAUUACAUUAACCAAAUAUAUCACCGACUGAUAGAGUUUUGGCCCAUAUUCAUUAAGAAAUUUAGUGUAAGUUAAAUACUCUGAUUUAAUUCAGUUGUAAUAAUGUUAAUACAAGAAAAGAAAUGAUAAAAAUUGCAUCUGUACAAGAUAAUCUGUUGUACUGUAAAGAGAUAUUCGUUCAAAAUGUUUUACAUUACAGUUAUUUUGAAUAAGUAAAAAAAAAAUCAGCAUUCAGAGCUUAAUUAGUUUUAAACUUGAGACAUGGGUGCAUAUGGACCCUGAAUGAGACAGACUAACAUGAAUUAUUGUCAGAAUAAAGUUUGAGUGUUUAUAUGUAAACAAAAGAGUCAUCAUUAGUCAACAAGUGCGACUCCUUUAAAAUUCUCAUUUUCUCCUGUUUUAUUGCCAGCAUGGCGUCCAUUUUCGAAUUUAAUUCUUCAGCAGUUCAUUUCUAUGCUUGCUCUCUUGCAAGAUGCCCCUCUCAACAUCCAUAAGUUCUGCACUGCAGGUACAUGCAGCUACAAAUAAACAGAAUUGCACACUAUAUGAAACAGUUUUGACUCUGUGUAUAAUCAUACAAUCAAAUUCCCUGUUAUAUGCACAACGUUUGGAAAUGACUUACAAACAGUAAUUACAAUUAAGAAUGGAAUUACAACUAACCAUUCUGAUGAUUACAGAACAAGUUCAUUUUUAAUAAGUUAUGGUUCGAAAAUUUAACCCUGACGAUGACUCACAAAUUGUUUAAGGUAUUCAAAUGAUGUUCUUGUAUGAGUAGUUAAAAUAUUUAAAAGUAAAUAUGAUACCUCUUUGCCUUUUUCUCACAAUGUUAUUCUCUGUAAAAGAAAGUUUCAAAUCGGGUUAUUAUAAAAAUGUGGGAAAAAGAUGUUUUAUGACCCAAAUAAUUAGCUUCUUAUAAUAAUGGAAAUAAACAGUGUUUUGGUGAUUUUCAGCUCGACUUUUCGAAGAAUAAGGGGGGCUAUACUACUCGCCCCAGCGUCCAGUUAAAGGUUUAGGGAAAGUUGGGAUUUUUACUUAUAAGUCUAAUACCCUUCAUUCAAUUGACUUUAUACUUCACACAGUUGUCCAGGGCCAUCACAUAAUGAGGUUAGAUAACUCAAUAGUAUUCUUUACAAAGAUUACGGCCCCUGAUUGACUAUGGAACUUAGUUUAAAGUUUUAGGGUAGGUUGGGAUAUUUAUUAAUAAUUUCUAUACCCUUGGUUCAAUUGACUUAAUAUUUCACACUGUUGUUCAGGACCAUCACACAAUGAGGUUACAUAACUUCAUAUCCUUAAUACAAGUUAUGGCCCCUGAUUGGCUUAGGAUAAAGUUUUAGGCAAGUUAAAGUUAGGGCAAGUUGGGAUUUAAAUAAAAAAACUUAUAUACCUUUCAUUCAAUGAACAUAAUAAAAUUCAGAAUUAUUUACGGCCAUCUUACAAGGAACAUAUGUCCAUUUUAGUCCUUACUACAAAUUAUUGCCCUUGAUAUUUUAAUUUACUUUUUUUUUUUUUUUUUCUUUUGAAAGGCACAUUUUUAUAUUCUUAACCACAUUUUCAUAAAGGGAAACCAAGUUAUUUUAAUGACUUGCUUCAUUGUUCAGGCGGGCUGGUGUGAUGUCAGCAUCAAAGUCACCUUAUGUAUCUAAUAAUUUUAGUAAGGUUUGACAUGAAGAGACCAAACUUGGUAAUAUUACAUUAUUUUAUUCACUUCUAAGUCAAAGCGGCGUAGUCGAGCGCGCUGUCUUACAACAGCUCUUGUUUAUUAUAAUCUUAACAAAAUGCAAUUAAUUGUUAUAGGUUAAUCAAACUUCUAACAAAAAUACCCACCUUUCCGUUUCACCUCCAUCUUCCUUUUCACGGGAGGAGCUUCCACACAUGCUAGAUAUUAAGAACAAAUGUAUUAAUUACAUUUCAGCAUAUAUUUCCCUGAUAUGUAUAAAAAAAUGAGAAAAACAGUUGCAUUAAGCACAUUCUUACACAUGUGACUAUGUGAAUCAUCAUUUACUGUUGUAACUUGCCCAUGUGACUUUGUGAUUUUAAUAUACUGAUGUACUUCUUUUGUUCAAAGAUCUUUAUUGGAGAUAAAUAGCACUUAUAUGUGAAAUGUAUAUAAAGUUGUGUUUGAAUUCUGCCAUGGUUAUUUAUUGUUAAAAGUCUAUGUUAUCUAAGUUAUUGAUACAUACACAUAGACACUUCAUCAUUUGGUGUUCUGUCUGGCAUUGUACUGGUACUGGGUGUGACUGGAAUAAGGUGUCAUCAUAAGUUACAUAAAUUACCCAAACAUAAAGGAUUAUAUACAUUGCUAAUUGUUUCCAGUUAAAACAAAACAAUGUGUGGGAGCUCAUGACAAUGUUUAUAUAGUAUGUCAUGAAGCCCAUCUCUAAAUGCACCGUACAUUUUUUUUUAAAUAUUAACUGAAAGUAAUAUGACUCAAUGCAAUAAAGUAAAAUCACUAUAUAUUGGGGGUAUCAAAUACUGUUAUGACAAAUUGUUAACAUUUGGUUUAACUAGUUUCAUACCAGAUUAAUCAGUUUCAUACGAACGGGACUGCACACUGGACUUUUCAAUAUUUUCGGUCAACAGCUUGUCUAGGUAUAUCUCUGCUUCUGAAAUUCAAAAGUAAUAUAAAAAAAAUUCUUGAAAUAUAUUUAAGUGUUUUAUGCAUGUUAAUAAGUGAAAUAAAAAUGAUAUUUUACUGAUUUAAACAGUGAAAUGUUACCAAAAACAUAUCUUUUGAGUUAAAGUUAUACCUGUACGAACCAGAAGAUCUGGUUUUGCUGUGGAACGCUGUGUUGUAUCUGCAAAUGAAAAUAUGUACAUGUAUUUUGUUAACAUCUUUAGUAUAUUCCCUGUAUUGUUUGAAUUCCAUAUGUCAUUGUACUUAUAACAAUACGUUAUUUAUCCCUUAUACAUGUACAUAAAAUAUGCACUAUCAAAAGAGUGGUAUAUGGAUGUGUUAUAAUUCAUGGUUUUUAUUGCUAUUUAAACUCAGAAUAACACAGAAAAAUGUGAUUUAAGAUAGUGAAUGUAAACAGUGAUUUUUUUUUGAAAUAAUGUCCACUGCCUGUGUCUUGCAUAUUUGGAGAAAAAAUCAUCAUUGGGAAAUUUAACAAUAUCAGGCCAAAAUAACUCAUGUAACUACAAGUAUAUUAAUUUUGUUUUUACUAUUUCAUGGAUACACUUUGCUCUAAAAGAGUGUGUCUGGUCAAUAAUGUGUUUAUUUUUCAGGACAUUAAUUGUAUUUUUAUUCAUCAAAGUAAUAUGUAUUUAUCAAAUUGGCAAACAGUUAUAAUUUUGGAAAAAAAAUUAAAAGGAAAAGGCAGUAAAUUACACCGAAAAAAUCACUGGUAAAACAAAGAAAUUAUUUCCCAAAAUGCAUUAUUAGCUAUACCUCUGAAAGUGUCAUUCUCCGUUGGAGUGGUCAGCCCAUAUACACUUUCUCUGGGAAUGACUGAUGCAAUCUACAAAGUGACAAACGAUUUAGACAUUAUUAUGUUAGUUUGUAUAAUCAGGACUUUAAACUGUCGUAGCAUUUCUUAAUUUCCUUCCAUAUUGACAUAUAUUUUAUUUAUCUGUAAAAAUCAUUUAUACAUAGAGAACCCAUUAAAAACCAUCCAAUCCU